AUGUUAGCGUUACGUGAAAUUUGUUAUAAACUAGAAGAAUACAAGACUAAUGUGGCUACAGCAUUACCAGAAAUUGAAGACUUAGAUCCAGCAACUAAAUCAUUAUUGCACAGGUAUAUCAACAGCACUGAGUCAACAGAUCCGUCUUCUACUAUAAGAAUUCAAGCUAUACUAGAUUACAUGUACGAAAAAAUCAACAUUGGCAAUUGGAAAGAAGUGAAAUUGUUUAUCAGAAAAGCCAUAACUAUUGCCACAUAUUUAAAAUUAUUAGCUCACGUAAGAUUUUCCGAUGAAGAUACAGACACAAUGAUAAAGCAGGCAUAUAAAAUAAUAGACUUUGGUAUCCUGUUUGGUUGUCCUUUAGACAAACAACCUCGACUUUUACAAAACUGUGCAACUAUUCUAAAUACUGUUAAUAUUCAAAAGAAUAUCAUUUUGAAGGACACAACAAGCAAAGAAAAAAAUAAUGCAACUAGUGAUACAUCAAUAGAAGCUGAUAAAUUCAAUGCUAUUCAAAUAGAGACUAUUGACUGUCCAAGUAUGGAGCAUUUUUACAAAAAUUACAUUUUAGCGGAAAAACCUGUUAUUUUAGACAACUGUAUAAAUCACUGGCCAGCAUUAGAAAAGUGGAAAGAUCAGAAUUAUUUUAUUAAGCUAGCUGGUCCUAGAACAGUGUCUAUAGAAAUUGGAAGCAAAUAUACAGACAAGGAUUGGACACAAAGACUGAUUACAAUAGACGAGUUUGUUAAACAAUAUAUUUACCAGACUGAAGGGCCCACUGGUUACCUAGCCCAGUACCAAUUAUUUGACCAAAUUCCUGAACUGAAAAAUGAUAUAACUGAGCCUGAGUAUUGCUGUUUCUCUGAUAGUAAUGAGCCUGUUGAUGUUAUGGCGUGGUAUGGGCCGAAAGGAACAGUUUCCCCACUUCAUCAUGAUCCAAAGAAAAACCUACUUACACAAGUUGUAGGGGAAAAGCAGUUGUUCUUAUUUGCACCUGCUGAUUCAGAGUACCUCUACCCACAUGAACAUGAGCUGCUAAAUAAUACAGCACAAGUGGAUCCACGGCAGCCAGACCUAGAUAAAUAUCCUAAAUACAAAAGUAGCAAACCAUACUACUGCAGACUAAAACCUGGUCAGAUGCUCUAUAUUCCUCCAAAAUGGUGGCAUUUUGUUGAGUCACUAUCCAUUAGUUUCUCAGUAAGCUUUUGGUGGGAAUAA